AGUAGUCAAGGAAGCUGCAACACAAUCCUUCAGUCAAGUAAAACAGAUGCAGUGUACUUCUAUUUUAAAUUGGCAUGAAAGCUAAAUAUGUCACUGCUGUUAGCUUGAGUACGUUACCAGAAUAAGAUCUAGUUAUUUGUGAGUUCAGCUGGGUGACCUGAUGGAGACACUGGGAGAGUUCAGUUGUCGGGACUGUAGAAUGGAUUUCCACUCCCUUGAACUUCUGGAGAAACACAAGGUUUUCUUUUGCAUCGGGAGCGACGUGGGGGACCCAGUGGCACUGAGGCGGGGGGCACAGGAGCGCAGGGAUCCCAGGAGAGACAACGGAAAAGGGGUCUAUCCCAAGCAGGCACGGACCCCUGACCUUGUAAGGCUAAGAGGACAGAGGGGCAUGCACCCACGAAAUCCUCACAAGGGAGCCAGUGGUGCAGAGCCGAAUGUGAGGAGAGAGGACAGUCUUCUGCUUGGUUUGACUGAGAGCUCGGCUUUGCAGAACCUCACAGAGGAGUUUCAGAAGUUGAGGAUGUCUAUCGAGGAGAGUAUGCCAAACUUUCCCAAAUGGCCAAUUGAAACAGAGGUGCCGGGCGACCAGCUGUCUGGGAGGCAGCGGGGUCACAGGGAGAAACUGAGGGAGAUGACGGCACAACAUGGCCGCCAGCUGGCUCAGAUCCAGGCCCAGACCCAUCUUCUGGAGCAGCAGAGAGAGGAGAUUGCCCACCAGCUGGGGGUGCUGGCUGGACAGGGCAACACUGCUCACCUGGAGACCCUGCUACUGGAGCUGAAGAGUCAGGAGGAGAGGAACGAGGAGGCGCUGGGGGAACUCAGAGAGCACAUCACCUCCCUGCAGGCGCCGCAGGGGGCCAAAGAGUCCGGCGCCCCCGUCGAUUUACCCAGCCCUGAUGGCAAUGAUGAUGACAGGAAGAGGCAUCAUGUCACCUUUGACCUCAUAUCCUCUGUAGAUGGACCCCUUCACACUCAAAUAAGAGCCCUGAGGCUGGCCUACAUGCAGUCUGGCGGUUCAGACCCGGCCGUUUUGGCCCAGAUGCACGACCUGCAGGCCGAGGCGCACACCUUGGAGCAAGCCCAGCCCGUCAGCCACGACAAGGCCAGGAGGAACAGGAUCAAGCCUUCACAGCGGGCUCACAACCCCGAGGUGCUGGAAAUGGAGCAGGAGAACCAGCGCCUGGAGGAGGAGAUCCUCAGGAUCCAACUGGCCAAGGGGAAGCACCGGGGAGAGGAAGAGGAGCACGGCCAAUUGUUCCAAAUUGUACCCGGGCCCACAUUUGACUGUAUAAAUAUACUUGAAACUGGGAUUGAGUUCACUUCAUUGAUUGUUGUGGGUCUCAACCCAGCAGCUAUGGGGUCAGACCUCCACCACAUGCAGAGAGAGCACAUCCAUCACAUGGCGAGUAUUAAGGCUGAGAUCGAGAGCCUCCGCAGAGAUGUCCAGAGGGCCAGAGAGGACCCCCGCCAACGCAGGCAAGCCCCACCACCUCCACCCCCACCCCCACUCCCGUUCCUGUCCCAGCCAGCCAUGCAUCCCCUGGCCCAGAUGCACGCCUCUCCAGCCCUGCCCCAGCCCAGGCCACACUCCUCUCUUCUGGGAAGACGCGUAAUUGAUCCCCUGGACUCUCUGGGGCCUGCUCCAUAUGACCCAGCGGCAGGCUUUGUGAUCUUUUUCGACCUGGUGCUGGGAGUGGACGCGACCCUCCAAGUUUUGCGUCUGGUGUCUGGUCUGUACUCUGGAGGGCAGGAGGUGGGCAGGCCUACCCCUCUGCCCCCAGUGCACUGCCAGCCUGGAGGGGCUCUACCCUACGCACACAGUUUACCCCCGGGAAACUACGCCCUCCUGUCAGUCAAACAGCCUGUGCCCAGGAUGCAGCCUUCAGGCUCCUUCUCUCUGGUGGUGGAGGUCCAGGCUGCGGGGGGCCUGGACGAGUGCGGUCAGGAGAUCCAGAGGCUGGCGUCGUGUGGAUGGGCCCGGCUUGAUCUCUUCGACCCUCACAACCAGGUCCGCAGUGGACACUGGAGGGCUCCGGUCCGCAGUCUCCCUGUGCGCCCCUCCCUCAGCCCAGGCCAGCUCAACUCCAUCCCCCAGGUGGGCAACAUGGAGCUGUGUGUGCGAGUGGUCAAUGCCCGCGACGGACACGUGCAGACGCUUGCUAAUAUUGACCCGAGCAACACCAGCCAGUACAAGUACCCCUCCAUGGUAUCCACUCAUCCUGCGAUGCUUCAAGCAAACCCUCCACCGCCUCUUUCAACAGUACAGCCCUCAGCAGCGACUCAUUUCCCCUCUCUGCUCACUUACUCUGCUCACGAAGACCCUCCGCCUAAAGAGGAACCUAGUCAGAGUGUGAUAAAUCCCUUGCUUCUAAAAAAUGAAGAACAAGAAAGAGGAGAUAGACAAAUGUUGAAAAUCAUUGUGGACAGAGUGAGCGAGGCACCUGAGGGAGAGGGAAGUCUUCGACUCACUGGCUACAGCCAAAGGACCGGAAAGGUGCUGAUGUUUGGAGACGCAGGUCUCCACUGCUGUACUUCCACUGCCCGCUCAGCCACAGCACCCGGAAACUUCAUCUUUGGAGAGCAACAGAUUGCUCUCAGCGGUCUCGCGCCCCGAGAAGACAUGAUUCUGCUCCUGCGCUUCUACCUCCGACCUGUAGGGAGCAGUGUGCCCUUCAGCGGGCUGGUCAAGCAGAGAGAGAGCCCUCCAUGGGAGCUGGAGGACCUUGUGGGGAACCUGGCUGAGAUGGGGGAGUUUCUGUCAGCCUGGGGGGUGGCCAGGCUAGCACACGCUGACACACAGAGUCAGAGACAAACUCAAGGCCAGACUAUUUCCUGGAACACUGGCACCCAUUCUGUGCCCCUGUACAAGGCUCCAGUGCCCCCUGCCAUGGCCUUCACUAACCUACACCACCACUGGGCCCUGCGUUAA